AUGACUUGCACACAACAAUCCCUCAAAUCUUGCAUACUUUUAGUAGCAAUAAUUGAUACCAUGGGCAGGUAUCAUGACGUUACUGCACAUGAAAAAAUAAACGUUGAGUACAACGACACGCAUAUGAUCGAAGGGUCAAAGAGCCUAAGAAAGCCAAUAUUCCAGUUUCGAGAAAAAACAAUAAAACUGGUCGCAAAUACAAGUGAGAUCGCUAUCAUUCCAGCAAUCAACCACGACGACGUUUAUGACGGUAUCGGCACAUGCUUGUGUCUGAAUGUUGUUUUGCUAAUUUUUUUAAAUGUUUAUCGUCUGUUUAUAAUGUAA